AUGAAAACUUUCAAAAAGUUAUCAUUUACUUCACACUUGAAAGACCCAGUAGCCGACGUCCAAAGGUUCUCCUUAAAUAUUCGUUCCAUUUUGGAUGUUGGACUGGCAGUCGAAAAGCGUAGUUCACCAAAUGGUCCAUCCUACUGUAUACACAAGGCAAGAUUUGCGAAGGCAUACUUUGCCAAAUAG